AGCUGUGAAGAAGGUGGUUAAACCAGCUGCCAAACCAACGAAGAAGGCACCAGCCAGGAAAGCAUCGAGGAAAAAAUGUCAGGAAGAGGCAAGACCGGAGGAAAGGCCAGAGCGAAGGCCAAGACCCGUUCAUCCCGGGCCGGGCUCCAGUUCCCCGUUGGCCGUGUCCACAGACAUCUGAGGAAGGGUAACUACGCCCAUCGUGUCGGUGCCGGAGCCCCGGUGUACCUGGCCGCUGUGCUGGAGUACCUGACCGCUGAGAUCCUGGAGUUGGCUGGAAACGCCGCCCGGGACAACAAGAAGAGCCGUAUCAUCCCCCGCCACCUGCAGCUCGCCGUCCGCAACGACGAGGAGCUGAACAAGCUGCUGGGAGGAGUUACCAUCGCUCAGGGAGGCGUGCUGCCCAACAUCCAGGCUGUGCUGCUGCCCAAGAAGACCGAGAAGCCCGCCAAGAAGUGAACACCCUGAACCCGCUUCAACAAACACCCCAAAGGCUCUUUUAAGAGCCACCCACUUCUAACUAAAGAACAUUCCCCUCUUCACUACACAAAUACUUAAAGGCCCAGAACAGUGAUCUUGCCCUAUAUGUA